AUGUUAGUCUGUGGUAGAACACUUGCAAAAGAGCUGGAGGAUGAGUUUGACAACUUCUUUGCUCAUUACCAGUGUGCAGCUCAUGUGCUUAAUCUUGCAGUCCAAGAAGGUCUCCAGCAAGAUAUUUAUGAUAUUAUUGUAUUACUAGAGCUGAUCAAGUGGGCUACUCUUUUCCUCUCCACAUCAAAAUAUCCAACACAAGAGGAACAAGAGCAAGUCAAAGCAACCAUUUUAGAGUUAACAUCGUAUUGCGGUUCCUCACCAUAUAAUAUGGACGAAAGUAUCAAUGAUGACAACAUCGAUGUGCGCAACUAUUUUCGCCAACUCCGACAAAGAAACUCAUCUAUUAACACUCAUUCUGGGUCUGUUGUAUUGUCUAACCAUAAUACCGGAAUCACCACUACUUCAAAUAACAACUCUGCAAAUGAGCAGCAACUAAUUAUGUCUGAGCUCACGCGCUAUUUGUCUGCGCCAUUAGAAGAUAAAGUCGACCCACUGCUUUGGUGGUAUACUAAUUCUCAAAAAAAUGUAUAUCCGAUUCUAUCGCUCAUGGCACAGGAUUAUCUAUCUGUUCAAGCAACAAUUGUUGCUUCUGAACAGACAUUUUCGAUUGCCGGACAAGUAAUAACGUCACAGAGAAAUCGUUUAGAUCCUGAUACUGCGAGAGCAACUCUAUGCUUACGAUCGUGGAUAUUAAACAAU